AUGCCGCUUGCACUCCCGAUCUCCAAGUCUAUGAAGCAGCCUACCUUGCAGCGCGCACGGAGGAGGCAGAUGGCUACCCUGUCUGGGGAAGAUAAAGAGUUUACAUCAUUCACCCAUACGGUUGAAGAUGGGAUAGCAGUCGACGGUCUCGGAGAGGUUGAACCAGUAGAGAUUGAAGGGAUCCCCGAAGAAGAAUACGUACCUCCUGUUGAGCAUUCAUCCGGGAGGCUCACUCCGAGUCAAUGUCGGAUUCAGCGUGUACAGCCCGAACGACGGGCGAAGAUCGCCACUCUGCGCAAAUCACUCCAGAAAGUACUGUUCAAUCCUGGUGUGCACUUCAUUCGGGAUCCUCGAACGGGACAUCGUAACUUUGAAUUCAGCUUGGAAGACGUACCGUCCAAGGACGACUUUGCGUACCAUCGCUGCCCAUCUUACAUCUCGCCAUCCAAAGACGCUAGCCUCGCCCGUUUAGCUGAGCAAAACGGAGCUCACUUUAUCGGCUCGACAUCCUCUUUGACUCAAUCUCUCAGCAACUUUUACUUUGCACUUAGCGGCGGGAAAGGCAUCAACCUAUCUACAAUCAGCAUGGACUUCCAGGACAACCGAUCCGACUUUACAGCCGGCGCCUCACUCGCCGCUUCCAUCAUCCUUCGACCUAUAUCUGACCAUCCCGGUGUCUACGCGAUUGACAGCGACAAGUCGCACGACGUCGAGAAUGUCCUUUCUGAUAUUGGACGAGUCCUAGAGAAGGUGCUUACGAGCGAGGAUCAGGACUUUCAGCGGUUUCUGAAAUCCGCACCCGAGUCGGCUGUCCCGGAGAAGGAGAGGACAGCGCCAGAGGCAUACAGCUACUGCAAAUCCGGCUCGAUGCUCAUGCGCUCCCAACUCGAUUGUUGGGAUCGUCGUCUUCCCGGAUCAGGCGUAUUUGAUAUCAAAACCCGAGCUUGUCACCCCAUCCGCCACGAUCGAGCGAAUUACGAGGCGAAUAGCGUGUAUGAUAUAUCUACAGAUCGAGGGAAAGGGGCCACUUUUGAGCGGGAAUUAUAUGACCUGGCAAGAUCGGGAAUGUUGAAGUAUACUAUGCAAGCGAGGAUCGGAGGCAUGGAUGGCAUACUUUGCGCCUUCCACAAUACCAAGCGCCUGAUGGGGUUCCAAUAUCUCCCUCUUGCUGAGAUGGACGAGAUACUUUUUGGCUCGUCCGAUAUUGGCGAUAUGGCCUUUCGGUACUCUGUUUCCCUUUUCGAAGCUACCCUCAAACACAUCACCAGCAAGAUAUCGGACGAGCCUGUAGCAGUCAUUAUUCGGCACACCUACGGUACAGCCAAUAGCGUCGAUGUCGCCUUUCAUCCGCUCGGAAAGCCCGAAGAGACCCAUGGUCUACGGGUAGCUAUCCUCAAUGUUGUCAACCAGGAAAGCGUAGUCGGGGAAUUAGUGAUUGACCCAGAGCUGAACCCUAAACGGGAUUGGGUCGUCAAGUAUCGCCUCAACUCGCUAAGCGCCAAAUCAACAAUCAAACUUCUCUCGUCCACCCAAAAGAUAUUCGACUCGAUGGCGGUCCUUAGCGUACCCGAGGGAAAGACGGUGGAAGAGAUGACUGCUGCAUCUGCCGCGUCGGGUGGGGCGGAGAUGACGGAUACGGGAGAUGCGAGGGGGCAGGUACAGUGGAAGAAGGCGGAUGGGUAUAUUCUUGGGAUACGAAGGGAGGCGAAGAAGAUUGGCGCCGAGUAUGAGGCGAGGAAGAAGGGGUGGAGGAGGAUUUGGGCGGCGGCUAGGGUGAUCAAGGAGGAGGAAGGUACGGCUUAG